UCUCUUUGCUUUCUGUUUCCGUGCCUGGAGAGCAUUUUCCAUUGAUCAAUCUCAAUUUGUUUUUUUUGGACUCAUGCGAGAUUAAGGGUAUUUUUAAUGUAGGCUAUUCAUGUUUUUUGACAUACACACUUUAUACUCUGCUGCUGUAUGUGUCUGUCAUAUCCGCUUUAGAGUUUAGAUAUGAGCCUAUUGUACUUACUGUGAUACUGCCAUCCAAACAUAAGAUACGAUACGUAACAGUGCGUAACAUUACUUCACCAAAACAUUAGGAUUACUAUUACUGUAAGUUUGAGGGUCAGUGGCAUGAAACAAGGACUAAGUAAAGAGGAAGAGUUAGACUGAAAAGAUGUAGAGAGGGAGAGGAGAGGAUGCGGCUCCCACUGAAGUUUUUCGUGCCUGCUGGUGAGCGCGCGUGGAGCAGAGCGCGCGGAGAGCGCCCACGCAACACUUUCACGCGCUGCAAAGCUUUUUAAAUGCGACGCAUCCUCAAUCAGGAGUCGCUUUAUCUUCUGCUUUAAUAUUAACUGAAAAAAAAAAAUACCAAAACAGUUUUAUAUGAAUCAAAUAGAAACUGAAAAGACAUCACGCUUAUAUGGACUAUAUGUGAUGACAAUUUGUUCACGAGCCGAUUUCUGCUGACUGGAAGGGCAAAGAAAGAAGACACGGGAUGAUCCAUGCACUUCAUUAACUGCCAGCACUGGAGUUAACAGAGACUGUGAUGUCCUCAACGCAAAAACCGCAAAUUCGAAUAAUAAGGAACGUGACAGGGACCCGACAAACUAUUCUUGAGUUGUAUUUGCCGUGGAUAUAUUCUACCACAAAUGUCAGUGCGAGGGCAGCAGAUAUUUGAAGAUGAAACCUUGUCACCUCUCACUUUAGAAAUGUUCUUUUUCCAUGCUCUCAUUUCUUGAUUCUCUUUUGAGUGUUAUAUUUUCUAAUUUCAUCCUUGAAUAUGUUCCUGUUCAAGUGGGCUUUUCAUGACUAGACUACGUUUUUAAAGAUUCUCUUUUCUAUCAAGUUCACUAAGCCUCGAACUACAGGUUCCUCAAAGGAGGUAUAUGAAAAGGUAACACCACUUAUCAGGUUCCCCAAUCAUUUCAUUUUUUAAAUCUACAACAUUCAAAAUUUGUCUGAUCUAAUGUUCAUUUUUAGGAACAUUUCCCCAGUUGCAUGUGUUUUGUUGACGACCAAAUUGGACUUGGACUCUGAGGAAGAUCUCAAAGCAUCACCUAGCUUUUUUAAGCUUUUGGAGAGAUCAAAGUGAACCAACAGGUCAUAAUUCAUCUCACUUUAAACCUCUUACUAUUGUAAUGUGUGAACUAGUAAUUCAGUUAUAGAACUUCAAUCAAGAGUUUUUCUAGAGCAAAAUGUCCCUUUCUUUUGGAGAACCGGGUUAUUGGUGUGAGACUGGAAAAUCUGCUGAAACCAGACUGGAAAUGCAAACAUGACUGUGACAGAAUGUCACUUCUGACUGUGUGAAUUGUUUCGAUGUCUAAUAUGAUCGAGAAAUGGACUUGUUCUGUUCCAGAGUUAUAUUUUCUCAAUAUUGAAGGCAAAGAGGUCCCAUUUGAGAAGUAUUAGCAAAUGUUGACUAGUUUUCAUAUUAAUUGCACGUCUCUCUUGUGUCUUUAAACAUCUCACCAUUUAAAUAAGGAAAGCUGAAGAGGUCCUAAAGGAAAAGAUUGGUCUGUAUAUGCAUGCUGUUAUUUAUUACACAAAUACGUUCUAGACAGUUUAGUGCAUGUUCUUUUCAGCUUCCUUCUAUAUGUUCCCUCAGCUUAAGACUGAGGCUUGUUUAUGUUUUUCCUUCAUGUUAUGUAAGUUCAGCUUUCCUUCAUCCUUCUGCUCUGCCUGAGCUUCGCCUUGUUUGUUUGUGCCUUUUAGUUGCUCACUUUCUUAUGAAGCUGCUAUUUGUUACGCAUAGACCUAAAGCAGCACUGUUUUCCACUGUCUAGUCUCUGCCCACCACCUAACCUUAGCAAAACUAUUGCUAAAGCUGAGAAACUGCAUUGAAACUGGAUUUUUUAUUUUUAUUUAUUUACUGCAUCUAACAACUUUGGAACUUUGCGUUCAGUAAAAUCGUCCAGGAAUACUGGUUUAUUGAUAGCAGACAGUGGACGGACCACUCAAGUGGAGACUCUUUGAGGAUGUCAGAGAUGAUCUCUAAUGCGAUUGUGUUCCGUCUCUGGGCAACGAUUGGCUGCCGGGAUCUGAAUGACAAUACGGUCUCUUUCAGGCCAUAAGCCUCGCUGUGGAAUACAGUCUACAACUCAUAGUUUGGAUAUAUAUCAUUGCAUCCGUAUUUUUUUUAUCCAUUUUGACCCUGGAUUUAUCUGGCAAAGCUUCAUUUUUCCCAAACAUUUUGUAGUCGUCACCAAUAAUGGGGGCUGCUCGGGUAAAGAGGCGCUUCAGUGCAGUUGUGGACACCCCGCUGGAUGAGGAGGAAGUCAUGAGGCUGGCACAGAGUGAUGAUGUCACUUCCUCCCAGUCGGGCACACUUCCGUCGCCCAACUGCAACGGUAAAGUGCUCAACCUUCACCAUAGCAAUGGAGGAAGGAGCGGAGAGAGGGAUGAGGAUGAUGAUGAUGCUGAGGAUGACGAUGAUGAUGAUGAAGAGGGGGGAGGGAGGAGGGGAGGAGGAGGGCGUGGCUCGGCGCUCAGGGGGGAGUCUGGGGCAGAAGGGAGGUGGGAGAGGAGCAAGAGAAAGUCCUCAUCUUCCCUCUCGCCCCCGCCACCCCACGAACGCCGCAGCCAGUCCCGCCGGCCCCGACGGCGCUUUGUAGGCAAGGACGGGCGCUGCAACGUCACCUUCGUCAACAUGAGCGAAAGGGGCCAGCGCUACCUCACCGACCUCUUCACCACCUGCGUGGACAUCCGCUGGCGCUGGAUGCUCGUGGUGUUCACCCUCUCCUUCUUGCUCUCCUGGCUUCUCUUUGGUUUCACGUUCUGGCUCAUCGCCGCCGCUCACGGGGAUCUGGCGCCCCCCGCAUCAUCGUCCUCUUCUCCUUCGUCUGUUUCCUCCUCGCUGGCUCCUCUGGAAACCGUAGAGGAUUCCAGCCGAGCGGAGAAGGUGGCAGAGACAGAGGAACGCUGCUUUCAGCAGGUGAACAGUUUCAUGGCAGCGUUCCUCUUCUCUCUGGAGACGCAGACGUCUAUAGGAUACGGGUUCCGGAGUGUUACCGAGGCCUGCCCCCUGGCGGUGCUGGCUGUCGUGUUGCAGUGCAUUGUGGGCUGCAUCAUCGACGCUUUCAUCAUUGGGGCGGUAAUGGCUAAGAUCGCCAAGCCCAAGAAGCGCAAUGAGACACUGGUGUUCUCGGAUGUGGCUGUGGUGGCCAUGAGGGACGGGAAACUCUGCAUGAUGUGGCGAGUGGGAAACUUGCGCAAGAGCCACCUGGUGGAGGCCCAUGUACGAGCACAGAUACUGAAGCCACGGGUGACCCCUGAGGGUGAGUUCCUGCCAUUGGACAAUGCAGAUCUCAAUGUCGGCUUUGACACAGGAACAGAUCGCAUCUUUUUGGUGUCACCUGUGACAAUUGUGCACGAAAUUAAUGAGGAGAGCCCUUUCUUUGAGGUGGACAAACAUACACUAGAGGGAGACAAAGAUAUGGAAGUGGUGGUGAUUCUGGAGGGCAUGGUGGAGGCCACUGCCAUGACAACCCAAUGCCGGUCUUCGUACCUGGCCUCUGAGAUCCUCUGGGGUCACCGCUUUGAACCUGUGCUCUAUGAAAGGAAGAACUGCUACCAGGUGGACUACUCAUACUUCAACAGGACUUACGAGGUCCCAGACACGCCCACCUGCAACGCUAAAGAGUUAGCCGAGAAAAAGUACAUCUUGGGCUCCCGUUCCUCCUUCUGUUACGAGAACGAGGUGGCUCUGCAGCUCUCCCCCUCUGUCCCUCCUUGCCCUGACCAGUUUUCUCCAUCCCCCUGUUCUUCCCCCUCUCCCUCACCCUCUUUCGUUCGGCCCACACCACCAUCUCAACAAGACUCCUGCAGUGAGCACCCACACAUACACUGAGCCAUACGGCUGGGAUGAAAGGGCACAGAGGAAAGCAGCGGUCAAAGAAAGAAAGGGAGAUAGAUAGAGAAAGAAAGGGAAAGGGUCAGGAUGGAGGGAGGAGUUGGAACCAGGGGUCGGGAGAAAGAGAGAGAACCAGCUAAUGGACAAAGGGCUGGAAAGACAGACUUGGACAGAGGACUAAGGCAAAAAGGACCAUAAAGGGACAAUGUAGGACUGAUUAAUGACAAUAGGUCAUGCUUAAGAUGGGCUGAGAGAAGACAGAAUGCACAAAAGAUGGAGAAUAGAAGAGAGAAAGGGGCCUCUCACCGCCUGAGAGAAGGGAACGAAAGAGCAAGAGAGCAAGACAGUGGGGUGAAUUUACUAAUCGGUUGCACUAGUGCAGUAUUUCUGCAUGCGUCUUCUUCACUAACCCCUGUAAACCUGUUUUAUCAGAUGCUAUCAAAGUAUCUUUCAAAGCAAGUCAAUUCAGGCGGCCAUCUUGGAAGCACAGCUAUUUUUAGUCAUACAUAGGUCCUAUCAAAUUGGGUAGGGAAACAUUGAAGUCUCACAAUUCAUUAACAUUUUAAAAUCAGCAAUAUAUUCUUACAAGAAUGAUAUCAUAAACUCAAAAAAUUCAAUAUAUUUUUCAAUUUUUCAAAAAUUCAAUAUUUUUUAAUAUCAAAAUUAUUAAUAGUAUAUUAAUAAAAACUAUAUUUUAGGCUGGCACAAAAUAGCACUUUAUAAUGAUAUAUUUUUGUAGACCAACCUCGAAGUAAGCAUCACUCGGAUUCCCUCGAAAAAAGCCAACAGAAUUUUCCAUUAUUUCAGAAAAUAAGCUUUGUGACCAACAAAAGUUUAUGAUUCUUACAUGUUUUGUUCACCAUAAAAACCUUUCAGAUUCAGUCCACAACUAUGAAUUUUGAAGCCUAAAUACAAUCGCCAGAAGUAAAAAGCAUAUGACUUCAAUGUCACGACCAACUCUUUCAUUUUUUCAAGUUUGAGAAUAGUUUGCAAGAGGGCAAAUCCGAGAGCUUUGAGCUUAUGAGCCUGCAUAGACAGCAAUGCAACUGCCACGUUCAUUGUUGAAUAAAGUCUUUAUUUUUAUUUUCUCGCAGCUUCAUAAAAUUAAGGUUGAACCACUGAUGUCACAUGAACUAUUUUAUCGAUGACCUUACUACCUUUCUGGCCCUUGAACGUAGUGUUGUCAAAAGUACCAACUUCGGUACUGCAAUUGUAAAAACGUCCACACGGGAGCGUUUAAAAGCUGACAGAUGCCUGCUUUUAAACGCUCCCGUGUGCUUCUGUGUGACCGCUCGGUGAAGAGUGUGAAGCGAUGAUCAUUGUAGCCAAUCACAGUCAUAUCUGUUGAGCACGUGAACACAUUGGCCAAAUAGCAGUGUUUAAGAAUCGGCUCAUCAGCACACAAAUGUUAGCGGGAAAUGGACGUUUUUAAAAUUUCAGUACCGAUUGGUACCAAAGUCAGAACUACUUGAACGUGUCAGUUGCACUGCACUCUAAGCAGGGUCAGAAAACUAAAUAUCUUAGUUUGUGUUCCGAAGAUGAAUGAAGGUCUUAAUGCUCGUUAACACCAAGGACGAUAACUAUAAAGAUAACGAUAAAGAUAUAGUUCUAAAAAUCCUUCUCAAUAUUAAAGAACAGCUGAGUCCACACUACAACUAUAACGAUAAAGGUACAGAAAAGCAAUAUCGUUGGAAUCACUUUCAGAACGAUUUUUUCCAGCUGAUGAAUGAUACAAACAUUGACAGCCAAUCAGAAUCCAUCCUGCUAUAACGAGCUCGAGAAUUUAAAGCGGCAGACCAGCGUGCGCUUAGAAUAAACAGACAAUAUCGUUCGCUGGUGUGGACGCUAAUAUCGUUAUCCUUAUAGUUAUCAUUUUUGGUGUGAACAGAGCUUUACAGGUUUUGAACCACAUGAGGGUGAGUAAUUAAUGACAGAAUUAUAAUUUUUGGGUGAACUAUCCCUUUAAGGACGACAAAACCAGAAGUUCAAAAAUGUUUUGGGGUUUUAAUGGCUUAUUCUGCUGCCACUCCACUUGUCGUCAUAUAGAGCAAAUUUUCACAAACCAAGGACUUCAUGGCUGUUAUUGAACACCAAGAACCUUUGUAAAGACCAAACAAUGACUUUGCUGAUUGGCUUUUUUUGGGAUGCGGAUCUUCAUAUACUAGAGCCACCAUCUUGAACAUUUCAACAUUCUCUUAUUCACCGUAAUACAAGUGGCCUGUCUCUGUUGCUGGUUUAGCGGUGUACCGUAUUUAAAUGAACUCAUUGACACUUCAUUCAUUUUUAAUGAAUUCCCCCCAAAAAAUGGGAGUUUUGUAGAGAAAAAGCUUUCAGAUGGGUUUCAGAAAGGAGGAAGGUAAUGUUUAAGUCAGAGUGCAGAGGAACAUUGUAACACAGGAGAUUCAGGUCAAUCACACUGAAAUAAGGUCAAAGACUUAAUGACCAAAAACAGAUCGAACUGCGGAGUGAAAUUAAAGAGUGGGGAAAUAUAGAGGGAUUGAUGGAGAAGGUCAUUUUGACAUGAGGAGAGCUGCAACACCGACCCAGUGGGCUGAUUGAACCUGGCGAUCUUUUAGAAUCAACACGAGCUGCAGUGGCUCCAGCAUGUGUACCUGAUUAAGACACAACAGUGGCCCCUAGGGGCCGCAACCAGUAUGAGCGAUUUUACAAUUUAGAAAUUGGAAGGAAAUACCUAUUGCACAUAACUUCUUAUGACAAUAUCAUACACAAGUAAGAAAUAGAAAAAAAGUCCUCUCUCAAAAAUCAUAUUACUUGUUGCGAGAACUUUUGUGUCUUGUAUCGAAUGUGGGAAUGCCUGCUAGAGUCACUGCAAAAUAGGAAACUACUGAAAAUCUGCAGCAUUUUCAAGUUGUUUCUCUUAUGUACUGUAUUUUUUUUAUUUUCUAUUUAUUCAAGUUAAUGCAUUUUUGUAUCAUGAUACACAUAGCAGAUUAUGUGAAGCACUUUCAGAGUAAUUUGUAAUACUGUAACAUACCAUAUUUGUCACAAUUGCACAGACCAAAAAAAAAAAAAAAAAAAGAA